CAAAGCGGAAGUGAUAUUUGGGAGAAGGACUGCGUAUUCAGCGUUCCCAAUGGAGUCUGCCGUUGGAGGCAGGGACGUGGGGGUGCUUUCUGAGGCGCUCGAUGACACCCUGGUACUUCGUGAGGAGCGCCAACAUCCUGACACAGGGCCACGUGGCGUCCGAUCUGCAGCCGCCGGGGACACAGAGCAGGAAGAGGACUUCUUUGACUGUCAGGAGACAAUGGAGGGCCAUGGAGAGCGAACAGAGGAGGACAGGGAACCCAGCAGGAGGGAGUGCAAGGAAAGGCGACAGGGUGUAUAUGGAGGACAGGAACCUGAGCUCUUGAGGGGGACAGGCGAGGAUACGAGAGAGGAAGAAAAAGAUCAAGGGGACCACGUGGUCAGAGAGGGGGAGGAAGAGCCGGACAGCUGGGUCGAAUGCCCUGAGGACAAACAGGAGGUUUUGGCCAAAGAUGACAAAGAAGACCUUGAGCUUAAGGAGGAGGUGGCCCUUGAAUUUGAUGACGAGUACCUGCGUGACCUGGAGAAAGACCUGAGCCAGGAGGAGAAGGAGAGCAGAAAAGUGGAGAGCCUAAAACUGAAGGAGAUCGGGAAUGGACAGUUCAAGAAAGGAGAGCACUCAGAGGCAGAGGAGUCAUAUACAGCUGCACUGAGAGCAUGUCCCGUGUGUUACACCAAAGAGAGAUCGAUCCUUUUCUCCAACCGUGCAGCUGCUCGCCUCCAUAUGGAUAAGAAAGAAAAUGCAAUUGCUGACUGCACUAAAGCCAUCGAACUGAACCCUGACUACAUACGUGCCAUCCUGAGAAGGGCUGAACUCUAUGAGAAGACUGACAAGCUGGAUGAAGCACUAGAGGACUAUCAGCUGGUGAUGGAGAAGGACCCCAGUGUCCAGCAGGCCAGGGAGGCCUGCAUGCGCCUCCCCCAGCAGAUCCAGGAGCGGAACGAAAAGCUGAAGGAGGAGAUGUUAGGAAAACUAAAGGAUUUAGGCAACAUGUUUCUGCGACCAUUUGGCCUCUCCACCAACAACUUCCAGGUCACACAGGACCCUAACAGCGGAUCAUAUUCCAUUAAUUUUGUCCAGAAUGCCACCAACAACAACAACAGAUAACCCAGGAUGUGGCCUCUCAGUAGCCCCAUCCCCCUCAUCUAAUUUCCAUUCAGCACGACCAGAGACUCUCACUAAAGAAUACUUCUCCUGCCAGUGUUCUGCUCUGCAACGGUAAGCAGGGCUGAGCAGUCCCAGCCCUUGGGGGCCACAGGGUCCACCAUCUGGCUUGGGCAAUCAGUACCUUCACCAUAUAAAAACUCAAGAGGCUUUUAGUGAAAAGCACAUAAGGAAACUUACACAACUGGAGUUUCACAUUUCUGCUUCAUGUCAUCAUGCCUGCAUUCUGUUGUAAUGUGUAAAUAUGCUGCUGUACAAUAAACAACAAAAAUGAGAAAAAUUGUGAUGAUAUGAUUUAGAGUAUGAAAAAUGGAGGUUCAGGCUGAGAGGUAAAACUAGUUUUCAGCAUAAAUAUAAAUGCGCUGAAAUUUCUGUAAAGAUUUUGACAAGGACAUUUUAGGAUGCAUUUAAACUCAAA